UUGUAUUUAACAAUAGUCCAUAGUGUAUAACAAUAACAUUUAAAAUGAGAAUACUAUUUACAGAAAGUGAGAGAAGAAUUAUUGGUUUUUGUUUAUUAUUUUUACAUAUUAUUAUGUGUUUCGUUUAUUCUGUAAUUCUACUUAAUCGUCAUAAUCAAAUCGAAUACGUGGAAAUGAAUUCUCUCAUUGGUUUAAACCUUGAAAAUACAGAAAUUUUCGCUACAAUUCUAACACACAUUAGCAUUAUUUUACAUAUAUCCGGAGCUUUGAUAAGUUCGAAUUAUAGUAACGCAUGGAACAGAUGGAUAUUUCUGAAUUAUUUCGGCUAUUGGAUCCUAUUUUAUUUGAUGUUCUUCAUGAGCGAAGUUGUGUUUUUACUUAUACUAAUAUCUCACUUUUGGGAGUUGAAGCCUCCGUGGGAAUUCGAUAUAAUCCCAUCAAUGAAAAAAUAUAGAUUAUCUGAAGAUAUAAAAGUCAUGUUAGAUAAAUUACAGAUUAAUUUGAAGUGUUGUGGUGGUAAAGGAAUCGGAGAUUGGAUGGAUAUAGCUUGGAUUCCUCGACAAGUUAUUAUUCAAAGAACUGGCAUCGAAAACAAGUUAACUGCAGAAUGGGUACCUGAAAGUUGCUGUAAUUUAACAUUUGAUGGUCCAUGCUAUCCAAAAUUUGUUUUUAAAGAAAGAAAAGGAAUAACGUACUAUGAUACUAUAGAAAUGUUCAAUAGUAAAGGUUGUAAUGAUGUUUUACCUCAAUAUCUACUUCUUCUUACGAAGAAAAUAAUAUGGUUUAUAGUCGUAAUAAUGACAAUACAGUUAUUAAUUUUUAUAUUAUCUCGAUACAUACUGACAUCGGGAAGGGAAGCUCAUAAAACUGAUGAUCCUACGAAAUCUCAUAUCGGAUGGGUUUUCUUUUAUGGUGAUCCUGUGAUAUAUUUCAAGGAAAAAUUAGAAGGAAAUGGAAAAAGAAAUCGUUCCAAGAAAACUGUAAGGAAACGAAAAGGAAAAACGAAUCCUGAACACAUUAAAAGAACGGAUGAAAAUUGGAAUAAUUUAGUAUCGAUAUAUUCCGAAGAAGAAAGAGAACGUCUUAUACAACCUAACAAAGACAGUGGAUAAAUUAAACAAUAAAACCAAUAAAUUACCACUUUCGUACGUCCGUCUGUUCUUCCUUGAUCUCGAGAGCGGAGUUAGAUAGAUGAGA